AUGAGCAAGCGUAAGAGAGGUUUGACGCAAGAGGAAAUUAAUGAAUUACUCUUCGCGUCUGAUACCAGUGACGAAGAGUUAUUAAGCGAGGAUGAUGGUUGGCCUCUCCAAUCUCCAGCAGAAGAAGUUGAAGAAGACUUAGGAAAUCCAGAUAAUAAAACGGAUGACCAUCUAAGUGAGGAUGACGAAAUUAACUUAGCAGACAUAACGUGGACAGAAAAUGUGUCUAAUGAUUUGUUUAAAAACAUUGAAAGCACAAUUGAAGGCGGACCUGUUCACAAUUUGGAUCCUUCUUCUGAACCUUCAUCAUACUUCAAGUUGCUAUUUACCGAUGACAUGUGCCAAACUAUUAUGGAAAAUACCAACAAAUAUGCCGACUAUGUUCANAAGACGAAAUGGAUGCCUAUAACUGAUAUAGCUGAGAUAUGGGCGUUCAUAUCUUGUCUCUUCGUGAUGAGUGUUUGCCGCGUUCCGCAUAUUGCGGAUUAUUGGUCGAACAAUCCAAUUUUCACGAACUUAAAAGUGAAGUCGACAAUUACCCGUGACAGAUUUUUUGAUAUCUGGAGAUUCCUUCAUCUGUCAGACAGGGAAAAGGAGAAGCAAAAAUCAGACCCUGAAUUCUAUUAUAUGCAGAAGGUCGAUCCUUUCCUCACUGACAUGAGGAAGAAUUUUCAGAAACACUUCGCACCUCACAAGAAUUUGUCAGUUUCAAACUAUUAUCCUUCCCCUAAAGUUUCUUCUGAAUGGGUUGCUUUUUCCUUU